CUCAGAUCUCCGCUACAUACAUCUUUAAUCAUGAUCUAGCUAUAUCUUUAUCAGUGUGUGCACCGUGCAUUAUUAUCCCGGUGUGCUUCUGCUGAAGCUAACAACACAGCACAUGUGCUAAUAACUUCGCCUUCACUUUAGAUUUAUUGAAAAGCAAUCUUCGCCUCGCUCCUCACGCAAUCCAGAGUUGAUUGUAUCUUGUUACUUUCACGGAGCGUGUUUCAGCAAAUCGACUUAAUAAUGGCUAGCACUCUUGCAGCUAAGAGGCCUUUCCUCUCACUGCCCUUCCUUCUACCUUCGUCAUGCGAACUCAUGCCUCUCACGUCUCGGCGGAGCCAGUCCUCUUAUAGACGUACAAAGCAACGCCUGCGUGUGAAGCCCGAUGCUUCAUUUGGGUCGUCGUUGGGCCAGGUCGAAAGAGAUCACAUCGUCUAUAACCCUCCUUCAAGCUCCCCAUCGGUUUACCACACACCAGCGAAAUUUCUUCCUAGCGACGACAUCCGGAGAUCUUUAGUUGGUGAUACUUCAAUCAGCCAGCAGAACCAUGCCGAGCUUGCAUCUUUGAACAAAUCGCCUGGUCCAAAACGAUAUCACUUGAACCCCUCUGAUGUACUAGAAAUACGCAGGCUCAGAACCAGUGACCCGAUGACGUGGAGUCGCUCGAAGUUGGCCAAGCGUUUUGAUUGCUCACCACUCUUCAUCUCGAUGGUGUGCGGAGCCAGUCGGGAGAAGAAAGAAAUGCAGAAGCAAGUCUUGGAGGCGGUGCAAUCAAGAUGGGGCACCAAGCGCCGCAUGGCUAGAGAGGACCGGACAUUGCGGAAAGAAUCGUGGGGAAGAGACCGUUGACGACAAUCUCUCAGAACGGUUUGUGCCUGCAUGCUCUCCUGUUCUGGGAUAUGUAUGCCAAACCUCUCAAACGCUCUAUCCCUUCUCUUCACUCAGGGCUUUCAAAGUUCUUCAAAUUGUUGCCCGUUAUUUCAAUAUAUGUUCUAUUAGAAGCCAUUGGUUGCUGUAUAAUUAUAUAUUUGCCAUAAACUGUUUCUUAUGUAUCAUAUAGAUGAUCCCUGGAAUUACUAGCUGAAGCCAACCAAGUAUUUGAUGAAGGCAUCAUGCU